AUGGCUAUGCGAGCUGAUAUCGAACACUACGAUGCCCCAGUUUCCGGUGGUGCGUCAAACAAAGCAAAUAAUGCCAUCGAGAAAAGUCCCAUCAACACCGAGUCGAACGUCAAGCAUCAUGUCUUGAUCGACCUCGUCCACAAGAUUGCCACAAACGAUCCUGAUAGAGUUUUCAGCUACACUCCGUCAUCUUCAGAUCCUAAAGAUGGUUGGAAGCCAGUGACUCACCUUCACCUCGCAAAUGCCGUCGACUACCUUGCCCACGACAUCUCCAAGACCGUUAUUAAAUCCUCAAACGACGAGGUUCCAACCGUGGCAUACAUCGGCCCCAAUGACCUUCGAUACACAGCCAUUCUUCUGGCUUGUGUUAAAGCCGGUUGCAAAGCCCUCUUCAUCUCGCCACGAAACACCCCCGCUGUUCAGAUCUCCCUUUUCGAAGCUACAAACUGUCGAUACUUAUACACAACCGAGUCGUUCAAGUUGGCUUUGCAGCCCUGCCUCGAUAAACGAGCAAUGAAAGUUGCCAUAAUAGAGAGUAUCAAUCAUCUCUUGUCAGUGGCUCCCAAGCCCUUUCCCUACAGUCGAACUGUCGAACAGGCGCGAUGGGACCCCCUUGUUGUUCUUCACACAAGCGGCUCAACUGGAAUCCCCAAGCCAGUCUUUUUGAAACAAGGUAUCCUGUACGCCUUGGAAGAUUAUCUCGCCCUACCUAAAUUUCAUGGGUCUCCGUAUCCCUUCAAUGAAUGGGUCGAACGGGCGAGCAAGAUCUUCAUGGGGAUGCCCAUGUAUCAUGCCGCAGGAACAUAUCUCCCUCUAACAUUCAUAUACACUGGUCUCUCUGCAGUUAUGCCGUUUCCCAACCAACCUUUGAACGUUGAUACAGCUAUGGACUACUUGAAGCAUAGUGGUGCUGAUGGCGCAAUGCUGCCCCCUUCUGUGAUAGAUGAACUGGCAGCUUCUGAGGAAGGCAAGCAGGCUUUGGCCAAGCUCAAACUCCUUAUUACUGGCGGAGGGAGCCUGUCAACUGAAGCCGGGAACAUGCUGGCGGAUAGGGGUGUCAUCUUGAGGAACAUAAUUUCAUCAACUGAUCCCCAAGACCCAAAGCUGUGGCGAUACUUCAUCUUUAACUCUGAAGUCAUGGGUAUUGACUGGCAACGCCAUGACUCGAACGAGUAUGAGCUUGUUGUCCGUCGCAAGGCAUCGGAUCCUGGCAACCAAGGUUGUUUCUACAAUUUCCCCGAAUUAUCCGAAUGGCGUACCAACGACAUCUUUGAACCUCACCCAACGCUCAAGGAUCACUGGCUUUACAAAGGUCGGGCUGACGAUAUCAUUGUUUUCUCCAAUGGUGAGAAGCUGAAUCCAGUCACCAUCGAGGGUAUCGUCUCGGACCACCCUCUCGUCAAAUCAUCCCUUGUCGUUGGUCAGGGAAUGUUUCAGGCAGCUCUCAUCAUUGAGCCAGUCAUGGAGGCCCAACCGAAGGACGAGACUGAGGCAAAGGCUCUGCUGGAUAAGAUUUGGCCCACGGUCGAGAAAGCCAACGCUGAGACUGUUGCUCACGGACGGAUUGCUGCUAACUUUGUCGCUUUUGCUGACCCUGCUUUGCCCUUCCCUCGCGCUGACAAGGGGACUGUACAGCGUAGUAAGGCUGUCAACCUGUACGCCGACUUCAUUUCGGUUUUGUACGAAAAGGCUGAGAUGCUUGAAGAUGGUCCAUCUGUCACCCUUGACUUUAGUGACGACGACGCUUUGACGGAAUCUAUCAUCAAUCUUUUUGUUACCAAGCUUGGAGUUGAGAAGCUCGAACCGGAUACGGACUUCUUCUCCGUCGGUGUUGACUCUUUGCAAGUCAUGACUGCGACAAACUUGUUGCGUGGUGCUUUGCACAGAGCUAGCGUUGAGACGUCGACAAUCACACCUCGAGUCAUCUAUCGCAACCCUACGGCAAAGGUGCUGGCUGAGUAUAUCCAGUCCUUGCGAAGUGGAGCCAACGACGACGACGAAGAGACGCAGGAGAUCAACCAGAUCAAGGCACAGGUCGCAAAGUAUACCAGGAACCUCCCUGCGCCUAGGACUGGAAAGCAGGCACCCCUGGACGACAGUCAAACAGUCAUCGUCACCGGUACAACAGGUUCUUUGGGCGCUUACAUGCUUGAUCAGCUCUGUCGUUUGUCGUCCGUCAAGAAGAUCAUCGCUCUCAACAGGAGUGACGAUGGCGGCGUAUCUCGACAACCUUCGAUCAACGAGUUCCGUGGCUUGACAACAGACCUCUCCAAAGUCGAGUUUCUCCACGCCGAUCUAUCACUUCCCGACCUUGGCUUGGGCCAGUCCAAGUACCAUUCUCUUCUUGCUGAUGUCGAUCGUGUUAUUCACAACGCCUGGCCUGUGAACUUCAAGUUCACCAUGUCUUCGUUUGAGAGCCACGUUCGAGGUGUACGACACCUCGUUGAUUUCUCUUCUGCAGCUUCCAAGAACGUACCUAUCAUCUUCAUUUCGUCCAUUGGCACUGUCGAUAGAUGGUCUUCACCUGAUGCUGUGCCUGAGGAGGCAUUGCAUGACCUGACUUUGCCUAGUAUGGCUUAUGGACGAUCAAAGCUCGCUGCAAGCCUCAUACUCGACGCAGCUGCGGAGGAGUCUGGCAUCCCUGCCGCUUCGGUUAGAGUUGGACAGAUUGCGGGUUCGAGAGGAGAGAGGGGCCUGUGGAACCGUCAAGAGAUGAUUCCAAGUAUGAUCGCAAGCUCAGUCUAUCUUGGAGUCUUACCUGACCAUCUCGGCGGACAACAUGAGAUUGCCUGGACGCCCAUUGAGGACAUUGCAGGGCUUAUUCUCGAUGUUGCGGGCAUCACUGUCCAGAAGUCUAUCUCUGAGAUCUCUGGAUACUUCCAUGGCGUCAACCCUGCUACAACCAGUUGGUCCGACAUCGCUCCGGCAGUUAAAGACUUUUACGGUGACAGGAUGAAGUUGGUAAGUGCUGAAGAAUGGGUUGAGAAGUUAGAAGCGAGCUCGAAAGAGGAGAGUGUGGACUUUGAUAAGAACCCCGGCGUCAAGCUUCUGGAUACUUAUCGUGAACUGUUUGCGGUGGGACAAGGUCUUCAGGCGGCUAAGUACGAUAUGAAGAGAACCAAGAGCCAUAGUCCGACUAUGAUGGAGCUGGGGCCAGUUACGCCCGAGCUGAUGAAGAACUGGUGUCGCCAAUGGGGAUUUUAG